CCGCGGAGUUCGGCAAAGGAAAUCUGCUAGCUCGGAAGCGAGGAGCAGCGAGGAGCGAGGAGAGAGGCGUCUCCCAUCCCCAGCUCUGACCCCCGCCUACACCCUGGGCGGGCCGAAGUGUCAAGUUUGCAAUUGCUUAGAAGGAUCCGGCCGGUCUUCGGAGGAGAGCGGGGCUGCGGUUUCGGCUGCCUCUGUGGGAAGGCGAUUGCUAGGGGUUAUGUUGAUUACUAGGCUGCGCCCUGCCGGGAUCCGACUGCAUUAAUUAGCUCUCCCAGUCACCUGAAGCAAUCGCCGCCGGGUCGGUACAGACCAGCCAGCUCCUCCAGGAAUCUCCUUAGAACAGCCCCCGCCAUCAGAACCAUGGGGCAUCCUCCUCUGGAGUUCAGCGACUGCUACCUGGACAGCCCCAAUUUCCGCGAGAGGCUGAAGUGUUAUGAGCAGGAGCUGGAGAGGACCAAUAAAUUCAUCAAGGACGUGAUCAAAGACGGCAACGCGCUUAUUAGCGCAAUGAGAAAUUAUUCCUCAGCUGUUCAGAAGUUUUCCCAGACACUACAGUCCUUUCAGUUUGAUUUCAUUGGAGACACUCUGACUGAUGACGAGAUUAACAUUGCUGAAUCCUUCAAGGAAUUUGCUGAAUUACUGAGUGAAGUUGAAAAUGAAAGGAUGAUGAUGGUACACAAUGCUAGUGAUUUGCUGAUCAAACCCCUGGAAACUUUUCGGAAGGAGCAAAUAGGCUUCACCAAGGAGCGGAAAAAGAAAUUUGAAAAGGAUGGUGAGAGGUUUUAUUCUUUGCUGGAUCGGCACUUACAUCUGUCUUCCAAAAAGAAAGAAUCUCAGUUACAAGAGGCAGACCUGCAGGUGGACAAGGAGAGGCACAUUUUUUUCGAAUCCUCCCUUGAUUAUGUUUAUCAAAUCCAGGAAGUUCAGGAGUCCAAGAAGUUCAAUAUUGUGGAGCCGGUCUUGGCCUUUCUCCAUAGCCUCUUCAUUUCCAACAACUUGACUGUGGAGCUCACGCAGGAUUUCCUCCCAUAUAAACAAAAACUCCAGCUCAGUUUGCAGAAUACAAGAAAUCAUUUUUCCAGUACCCGAGAAGAGAUGGAAGAACUUAAGAAAAGGAUGAAAGAGGCUCCCCAGACAUGCAAACUUCCAGGACAGCCAACCAUUGAAGGCUAUCUCUAUACCCAAGAGAAAUGGGCUCUGGGAAUAUCCUGGGUGAAAUACUACUGCCAGUAUGAGAAAGAGACCAAAACACUCACCAUGACGCCGAUGGAGCAGAAGCCAGGUGCUAAGCAGGGGCCUUUGGACUUAACCCUGAAGUACUGCGUGAGAAGGAAGACAGAGUCUAUUGACAAGAGGUUCUGCUUUGAUAUAGAAACUAAUGAAAGGCCAGGAACCAUAACGCUGCAAGCCCUUUCAGAAGCUAACAGAAGGCUGUGGAUGGAGGCCAUGGAUGGGAAAGAGCCUAUCUACCACAGCCCCAUAACGAAACAGGAAGAAAUGGAGCUGAAUGAAGUGGGCUUCAAGUUCGUUAGAAAGUGCAUCAAUGUCAUUGAGACCACAGGAAUCAAGACAGAGGGAUUGUACCGUACCGUGGGCAGCAAUAUUCAGGUUCAGAAGCUGCUGAAUGCCUUUUUUGAUCCUAAAUGCCCAGGAGAUGUUGAUUUUCAUAAUAGUGACUGGGACAUUAAGACAAUCACCAGCUCCUUGAAAUUCUACCUCAGGAAUCUUUCUGAACCUGUCAUGACCUAUAGACUACAUAAAGAGUUGGUCUCUGCUGCCAAGUCUGACAACUUGGAUUAUCGGCUGGGAGCUAUUCAUUCCCUGGUAUAUAAGCUACCAGAAAAGAACCGGGAGAUGCUGGAACUUCUUAUAAGACACUUGGUCAAUGUAUGUGAGCACAGCAAAGAGAAUCUUAUGACUCCUUCCAACAUGGGGGUGAUCUUUGGUCCCACGCUGAUGAGAGCGCAAGAGGACACUGUGGCUGCCAUGAUGAACAUCAAAUUCCAGAACAUUGUGGUAGAAAUCCUAAUUGAGCACUUUGUCAAGAUCUACUCAGGUCCACCUGAGGAGAGUGCUGCACCCCCAGUGCCUCCACCUCGAGUGACAGCAAGAAGGCACAAACCAAUCACGAUUUCAAAGCGUUUGCUGCGAGAAAGGACAAUUUUCUAUACUCCUCCCUUGGAUGGAAGUGAAGAUGAAAUCCAACAUCAAACACCCAAUGGGACUAUCACCAACAGUAUAGAACCCCCCAAACUGCCACAAUAUCCCAACAUGCCUAUGCAGAAGAGUGGGGAAGCUGAUCCAGGGAGGAAGUCGCCAAGCAGACUUGUUUCAGAUGGCAAAUUGGAUUCCUGCCCCGAGGUGGACGUCGGGAAGUUGGUGUCUAGGCUGCAGGAUGGAGGGACCAAGGCCAUGUCGAAGGCCACCAAUGGACCUGUUCCAGGCUCUGGGCCCACCAAAGCCCCCUCUUUCCAUGUAAAGAGACCAGCUCCUCGGCCACAGGUUCCUCCCAAGGAGGGAGACUCUGACAGUUUCAGCAAAGUGCGGCCUCCAGGAGAAAAGCCAACCGUCAUCCGUCCCCCAGUGAGGCCUCCAGACCCUUUGUGCAGGGCGGCUACUCCCCAGAAAACAGAACCAAAACCAGAUAUUGUAGCUGGCAAUGCAGGGGAAAUCCCAUCAUCUGUGGUGGCUUCCAGGACCAGGUUCUUUGAAACAGCUUCCCGGAAAACAGGAAGUUCUCAAGGCAGACUUCCUGGAGAUGAGAGUUGAGGCCUCAGGUUGUAAAAGCCUUGGCCUCAGAAGACCCUUUCCGGGUUCCAGAAGGGUCUUCGUCAAACCCUUGUGUGCUGCGUUAUUUUGUGCUGAAGAGCAGCUCCUUCCUGGUCCUGCACCUUCAGGCUCUGGGAUGCUAUAAAUAGGGGGUACAUAUCCUAGAACAGGCUUAUUUAUCCAUUGUAUUCUGUCUUUAUCCCCUGAGGUCUACCUUGGGCUCCUGCAGACUGUGAAUGUCUGACCUCCCUCAAACCAGACUCUGCAGAAACCAAGCUAUCCAUCCACCUGAGUUGAAGAGUGGAUCUCAGUUUUCAACUCUUUCUUUGAACUUCCUGCCUCCUCGAAAGGACCUCGGAGUCAAAGAUUUGGGCCUAACCACUGAUCUCAAAGGUCUCUGAACUAAAAGCUAUUUGGGUUGGGGCCAUUGCUUACCCUGAAAUCAGGGAAGUAGGAAUGUUUGCUAAACAUUGGAGAAUCCUAAUAUGUCUCUUACUGAUGAUAUGGAGCCUGGUGUCAGGUUAGAGCUCUGGCACUGAAAUAUAUUGCCAAGAACCUGUCUGCUCCUGUGGGGCUAGACAGUUUGGGUGAUGCCCCCCACCAGCCUUCCAUGUGGACUCAGGAAGGUGGCCUUCCUGCUCUUGCAUACAACC